AUGAAAAAGAAUGAAUUACUAACUAAAACCAAAAUAGCCUGUUGGGGAUGGGGUUGUGCUAAUGCUUCAUCAUCAUGGAAUUGGGGGAGAUGGAUUCUUUUCGUAUUGUUCAUAUUAGCCAUCUUAUCAGUGAUAUUAGCAGCUAUUCGUAUAAAUAAAAGAAGAAAUAUCGAAGGAAGAGAACCUAUAAGAGGAACAGCUUGGAUAACUCCACCAAGUUAUUUACAUGCUACUAAUAAUCAACAAACACAACAACCUUUCGUACCACCUUAUACUGCACAAGCUAAUGAUAAUGAUGCUGGUUAUUAUGAUAAUCAAGGAACGUUCCAUCCAAAUUUUAAAGCUCAAGAAGCUGCUGCUAAUAGUGCUAAUGGACAAUAUGGACAAUCACAACAUUUAAAUACACUCGUACCUGAUCAAACUGGGGUUUCUUCACCUUCAAAUACUUAUCAACCACCAUCAGGACCUCCUCCAGGUCAAGCACAAGUUCAAUUUACAGGAGAUGAUCAUGAAUUAAAUUUCCAAAGAGAUUUUUCUCGUUAUUAUAAUAAUCAAAACCAAGGGAAUAGUAGUCAAUUUCAACCACCUUCUGGUCCACCACCUGGUCAACAACAGAAUGAUUUAGAAUUGGAUAAUUUUUCAAGACCUGAAGGUCCACCACCUGCACAUUUAAAGAAUUGA